UCGGUAAAGGUAGUUCAUUUAUGAAACAUCAUGGACUUCCAUUCUUGGGGUUCACCAAAGAAUUUAAUGAACGUUGAACUUUACUCUCUUAAAAGUCUAAUCAAGAUUAAGAUUAGAGUAAACCCACAGCGUUUUGUGGCUUAAAUCUGAUGAAGAAAAGCAAAAGCUCUCAACUUCCAACUACUUUCGCCGUCCUCUGAAACCCCCCAAUUGCGUAGGGUUUUGUCUAUAUCACGAAGAUUUUUCAAACAUCCACAUGGCCAUUUCUCUGUUUUGUGAUCGUUGGAGAGUUAUGGCUUCCAUUGUGCUUGCUCUUCCUCUGCUACUCGUCUUUCAAUCUGCUAAGGCUGAUGAUUUAAAUGACCUAUUGUCUCCUCUUCUCUCCCCCAUUUUUGAAAAUGUUUGCAAAGAAGUGAACUGUGGGAAGGGAACUUGUAAAACUUCUGGAAAUGGGAGCUUCUCGUUUGAAUGUGAUUGUGAUUCUGGAUGGAAACAAACUCUUUUUGAUGAUGAUGAUACUGAUGAUGAUAGUAAUCACUUCAAAUUUCUCCCCUGCAUCAUACCCAAAUGUAACUUGACUCACUCGUGCUCUUCGGCACCUCCACCGGGUGUGCAGACCAAACCAAGAACUAACGAAACGAUACUUGAUCCUUGUAGUUGGGUCGACUGUGGAGGCGGUUUGUGCAACAAGACGUCACCGUUGACAUACAAAUGUAAUUGUUUGGAGGGUUACUAUAAUCUUCUCAACAUCACUGCCUUUCCAUGCUACAAAGAUUGCUCUAUAGGAAUGGAUUGCAAGGAACUGGGAAUUCCAGUAACAAACUCACCUGCUUCUACAACUUCUACUUCAACUACAAAUAACAACAAUGCUGCUAGCGGAUUAUUUCUCAAACAAGGCUCCCUCUCAACGAUUAGCUCGGUGGUAAUGUACGUCGCUACACUGCUUCUUCUGAUCAUAUAGACCGACAUGUGUGAUGCCGGUGUGGUUGAUUAUGUGUAUGGCCUCUAUUUAUGGCUUUGGCUAUAGAAUAAGUUUCCCAUUUGAGUUGUUGUGCGAUUAUGGGCAUUGUAUAUAUGUUAAAUUCUCACAGACAUGCUUACACAGGACAUAGAAGGCAUAUUUUUUUUGGUAUUUAGUUAAUCCCUUCGGAAUGAUGAUAUAUAGAAAGAACUCGUAGGAUCAUGUCUUAGUUUCUUAAAAUUAAAUUUAUAAACAUUACUCUCUUAUAUGA